UUCACGGAAGAAAAAAAAAGCAGUCAAGGAGUCAAGAAAGAGCGUCGUAGCAGUUGCAGCAGUCGAAGCAGUCGAGGCUGCCGAACGAGCAGCCGAUCGCGCAGCCGAAGGGACAGUUCGAAAUCAUUCACUCCACCGCAUAAAUCACAAACGUGCUGCGCUUUUCAUGGGGGGCAAAAUGCCAGAAAAAUCACAGCAAAGAAAUAAUUGAAAGAAACAUAAUGCGCCAUUCAACUGCAGGUAGCUAAAAUGAACGGGGAUAAUGAACAUAACAGCGAUCUGAAAGAACACAAGGAAAACACUGAAGAGUGCUCUUUAAAUGAUGAAACCAUCAUACCCAUUUGUAUAAAAAAUAUUUUGCAGUGUACACUUGGGGGGGCGGCCGAUAAUGAACAUUUCUUAAAGCGGAAAAAUGAGGAAUUAAACAGUUUCAUAGAAAGGAAUAUUCCGGGGGGGGCUUCCCCGGAGGAGGGGGGCGACUGGAAUAGAUCUGACGAUGGCUUGGAAUUCAUGAACGUUAGCGGCAAUAAUGGAAGCGGCAAUAACGCAAGUGGCAACGUCGCCGGGAAUAACUACCGUGAAGGCCUCUUAAACAGCCCGGGUGAACAGCCAAAUUUGGAGAUGUGUGCAGACGGGCUGGGCAAAGCUCCCGACGAGGCUGACAACAGGGGGAGCAAUGAGAAGAGGAGGUAUAAAAGAAAAAGGCGCUAUAUUGACGUCGACAAAAUGAACUUUGAUUUCGAAAAGGAGGAUUUUGCAAGCAGUUCCAAUGACGAGUUGGUAAGAUGCAAUUAUGUCCAUGCGGAGGAAUACGCCGGAGGGUACGCCAGCGGGUAUGUAAACGGUUACACCAACGUCUACACCAAUGAAUACACAAAUGAGCUGCCAUGCCAAAAGGACAUUAACAUGAACAGUGAAGUAAUCAGGGGCCUCCUGGAGCCGCCGCCAAUCCCGUUUAAUGAUACCUUCCAGAAAUACAAUAAAGAAAUAAGUGAUGUGUACGUGAAACGUAAAAAAAAAAGCAGUGAUACGCUUAACAUCUUCCUAGAGUCGCAACUCAUGUGCAUAGAUGAAGGUGCAUUUGAAAAAGAAAAUAACUUUAUAAAUAGCCAUUUUGAUAAUUUUAUUAUGAGAAAAUUAAAUGUUGUAAAGCCCACCAGUGAGCAGGACACGACCAACCAAAAUAAAGAUUUGCAGGAGCUGCUCAAAUAUCUUAUGUCUUGGUACUUCUCUGGGUUUUAUUCCGGGAGAAUGAGCAUGUUGAAAGAGUUACAUGGUGAGUAA